UGCUCGAAUCCGGCGAAAUUAAACGUUUUUCAAAUCAUGAUUCAAUUAGUCCAAGGUAAGUAGUAAAACCAGGUCGGCCGGUAGAAAGAAAAGCUCAGCCGGCCCAACUUACCAAGCACGCGUCUCUGACAUAAGCCUUUGGACCCUCACCGUUAUACGUUAAAUAAAAUUUAAGUAAGCUUAACAGUAUUGAUAAUUCGACAUAUGUAGCGAUGGAUGCAGACAGAGGACAGAAGGAAGCAAACAAAGUUGUAAGACUUAACAAGAUCUGCUAAAAUCAGGUAUGCGUGCUUCUUGUUUUCGGAAAUCUAGCCGUCAAAUCUUGUGUAAACGAGGUUAAUUUUGAGGAAAUGUGAGUCGUACAAUGCUGGAUGUAUAUGUAGUACGAGAAAAUGGCGGGCAUGAGCUUGGCCGAAAAUGGCGGUUCUGAGGUGUAGUGAUAUUUGAAAUGUGUUUUGUAAGGGUGGAGGAAAUGGGAGUGUUGAAGGGUUUGAUGUUGAAAAUGGGAGAUUUUUGAACUUGAAGUGUGAAAAGUAGUGGUUUUGGGAAUGCGCUGUGAGGAGUUGUGAGUUUUAUGUUUUUGAAGGAGGAAGCGGCUUCUUCGAGGGUUUCUAGGGUGGAGCCAGGUGGAUUUAUGAUGUUUUGAGCUUUAUUCGAGAUGGAGGUUGUUUUAUGAUGAUUUGCAUAGGCGAUUGAGGGUUUGGACGGUGAAGAUUAAUGCAGCUGAGUCUUUUGCGUAGAGAAGUUCGAAGGACGAGAACUGUGGAUUUUGAGGUUGAGCUGUGAGAAGCUGCGCUUGGGAGACAAAAAGGCAGUCGUUAGGGUUUGAACAAGGGUUUGAGCAGUGAAAUUUAUGAUUUUGAGGUUGUUUUACGGAGAAAAAAGGAUUCAGCUGACAAUGCAGGCGAUUUUGUGAGAAAUGUGGAUUUUGAGCCUUAGCUAGGCGCGUGAGGAUUUGAAAGGUGAAAAGUCGAGAUUCAGAGCUCAUUCGACAGAGAAAAGUGGCAUCAUUGAGAGUUUUCACGAAAUUUCAUUUGUGAAAACUGGUGAUUCUUUCGCAGUGUGAAUGUCUUGAUCUUCUUGGCUGUGGCAGCUCCUUUGCAGUGGACAAUUUUGUUGGUGUUAUGCAGAGCUGACUUGACUCACACCUGGAAUUGAUGAGCAGGAGCUAGAGCAGCCUUAGGGUAUCUGUUGCUCGUUAGUUCAGUGGAGUUUCAGUGAUAUUACAAUAAUUGCAGGGAAAUAGUCGGGGUUUGAUGAGAUAUAAGUUCGAGGGGACAAUUCUGUGAUUGAGGGGUUGGGAUCUUGGAAUAAGCUUAAUGGCUGACUUCCACAGCUACACUGGGGAAGAGGAUUUAUGGGGGACUGCGAAUGGGAAUAUUGAUCAAUGGGGAGUGGAACAUGAUUCCGUGGGAUCUUUGCUUACACCUUCAGCCUCAUUUAAAGGUGAAGGAAAAGGUAGUAAGAAGAAAAAUUUGAUGAGGUCCCCCAAUAUGGAAGGGGAGGACAUCAUUCAUCUCUUACAUGGGUCUGAUCCAGUGAAGGUUGAACUUAAUCGACUUGAGAAUGAAGUGCGGGAUAAGGAUCGUGAAUUGGGGGAAGCUCAAGCUGAAAUCAAGGCUUUAAAAUUGACAGAGCGAAUGAAAGAAAAGGCAGUUGAAGAGCUCACCGAGGAGCUAAGAAAAUUGGAUGAGAAGCUUAAGGUGUGCGAGGCAUCGCUUGAAAACAAGAACCUUGAAAUCAAGAAAAUCAAUGAUGAGAAGAAAGCAGCAUUAGCAGCUCAAUUUGCAGCCGAAGCAACACUUCGAAGAGUUCAUGCUGCUCAAAAGGAUGAAGAUAUGCCACCUAUUGAAGAAAUUCUUGCUCCUCUUGAAGCAGAAUUGAAACUUGCACGGCAAGAGAUUGCAAAGUUGCAAGAUGACAACAGGGCUUUGGAUCGACUUACGAAGUCUAAAGAAGCAGCAUUGCUUGAAGCAGAGAGAACUGUGCAGUUUGCUUUGGCAAAGGCAUCAAUGGUUGAUGAUUUGCAAAAUAGGAAUCAAGAAUUGAUGAAACAGAUUGAAAUUUGUCAGGAAGAAAACAAAAUAUUGGACAAAAUGCAUCGCCAAAAGGUUGCAGAAGUUGAGAAGCUAGGUCAAACAGUUCGUGAAUUAGAGGAGGCUGUACUUUCAGGGGGUGCUGUUGCAAAUGCUGUGCGUUAUUAUCAGCGACAAGUGCAUGAAUUGAUGGAAAGCAAGAAAACUCUAGAACGAGAAUUAGCCCGUGCCAAGACAGCAGCAAAUAGAGUGGCGUGUGUUGUGGCAAAUGAAUGGAAGGAUGGAAAUGACAAAGUCAUGCCUGUGAAACAGUGGCUUGAAGAGCGGCGCUUCCUACAGGGUGAAAUGCAGCAGCUUCGUGAUAAAUUAGCUGUUGCAGAACGGACUUCAAAAAGUGAAGCACAACUCAAAGAGAAGUUUCAAUUACGAUUGAAGGUUGUUGAAGAGGGACUAAGGGGAUCAUCAAAUGUGGUUACUCGACCAUGCUCCUCUGAGGGACGAAGCAGCAGUAAUGGUCGUUCUCGUCGGCAAUCAAUAGGUGGUGCAGAGAUAGCAUCAAAGCUUAUGUCAAAUGGUUUGGGCUCAAGGAGAACAUCACUUUCUCAAACCAGGCCUUCAAUAUCUAGCAAUGCGACUACAGUUUUAAAGAAUGCAAAAGGAGCAUCCAGGUCAUUUGAUGGUGGUAGAUCAUUUGAUGGGGGUCGUUCGUUGGAUCGAAACAAAUCAUUUACAAAUGGAUUUAGUGAGAACCACUCAAAUAAGAAAAGCAAUGGUGUACCUAGAAGUCCCGAAUCUCAUGAUUCUGGUAAAGAGAAUUCAGAUAACAAGGUGUCUGAAUUUACAGAAGUUGGUGCAGAUGAUUCUGUUUCAGGUGUGUUGUAUGACAUGCUACAAAAAGAGGUGAUGGCUUUGAGAAAAGCUGGCCAUGAAAAGGAUCAAAGUCUAAAAGACAAGGAUGAUGCAAUAGAGAUGCUGGCAAAAAAAGUGGAUACCUUGACAAAAGCAAUGGAAGUUGAAGCAAAGAAAAUGCGUCGAGAAGUAGCUGCCAUGGAGAAAGAAGUAGCUUCAAUGAGGGUGGACAAAGAACAUGAUCAAAGAGCAAGACGUCUAAGCAAUACCAAAGGAUCCAUGAGUAGUGCUCAUCUACUUUCUUCUGGACGAAGCACACGGAAUAUUUGAACAUGCUCUGUUGUCAAGAAUGCAAGCAUACCGUACUUAUGUUGCAACUCCUGUACUAUGCACAUUCAUUUUGGAAAGAAACUGAAUGAAUUUGAAGGUGAUUACUGAAGGUUUGCCCAAUUAAAAGGGCUUUAUGUUUCAGUAUUGAAAGCGAGAAAGUGAAGGUCUCUGUUUGAGUCUGCAAUCAGCUAUAUUUGUAUGUAUCUGCUAACCUACAAUGAGAUAACCAUGACACUCGUGGCAAGUAUCAAGUUGUCAUAGAUUGUGCAAUAUGUCAAGGACAAGUUGAUGGUAUGGGCUCCAAUCUCAGGUGAAUAGAAAGCGGAUUGCUAUUGUUAACUAGAGGUGGAAGUUUGAGCUUGUUCAUUUUUUGGGUUUAUCUUUUGUGCUAUGUUGUGUACUUGUCAUUAUUGACUAGUCUGUAGACUAUGUAUUAUGUUCGCGACAUUUAACUUGGAUUGAACCAGGACCAGGUUCAGAUUUUGCAUAUCAGGGCAGUUUGUGGGGACUUCUAGAUGCUGUGAAUAUCGAUUUGUCUAUAGGCUAUAGUCUGAUUUCGAUACACUAUUAAGUGUUCCUAACCAAAUUUAUAGAUUUUCUUUCUCAUGUAAUUCUUGCAUCUCCUAACUAGUGUGCAAUGCACACCAAAUGGGCAGAUUACUUUGAAUUUCAAUUUGUUUAUUCUCCAGACCUGAAUGUCAACCAGAGGCAUAUUCAUUCAUCUGGGAUAUAUUUACUCAUAAUUUGAAACGAGAUCUUACCUGUGUUUUAAAAAUA